AUGGUUGUUGACGUAUACUUGGUCCCUUUCUCCGGCGAAACCAUAGAAUCAACAGUAACAAACGAUGCUUCCAUAAUAGAAUAUUGGAUAUUGAAAAAUGUCAAAAUUUUUCAGGAGAGACAUAACAUCAUAGGGCUAAACUGCAAAUGGGAGCCUCACCCCAUGAAUAUUAUCUCAUCAUCAAAAGGCCACAAUAUCUCGACCAUGCAGUUCUGCGUGGACACCAAGUGUCUGAUUCUCCAACUCUCACACAUGAAUUACAACGAUAUUCCUCAAUCUUUGAAGAGCUUCUUGAACGACUCUAACAAUACGUUCGUGGGAAUUGAGGUUGAGGAGCUCGUUUCGACCCUAAAAAACGAGUAUGGAGUUUGUUGUAACGAAACGGUGUUUGAUCUUCGAGCACUGGCAAAGAGACGUUUCCCGUUAAGCUUCGGCGGAAGACCUGGCCUCAAAACGCUUGCUUAUGAGUUGGUGAAACUUCCUGUUUCGAAACCCAACAAGAGGUUUCUUAGAGAUUUCAAAACUUUGAAUAAGAAGCUUGAUAAGGAUCAGGCUAAGAGUGCUUCAAUUGAUGCGUAUGCUUCGUACAGAAUUGGCCAGAAGCUACUCAUGAAAAUAUGA